AUGGCCUACAACGUCUACACCGUCGAAUCACUCGGAAAUGGUGACCGUAACCACAUCGCCUUCUACAUCGAAACAAAACCCCAUGGCCGCUCCACAAUCAAUCCGCGGGCGCAUAUUUCAUGUCACGGGCACCAUCCUGGAUCAAAGAAGCAAGUCGCGACGAUUGCACCGGAGAACCUCGAAAGAUUUGAAAAAGUGUGCUGUUUGAUGGUUCCACCGCCCAAGCCACAAGUUACGCUUUCCAGCAAAUCGCUGGUCCCCGGGGCCCCGCUUUAUCGGUGCGCGGAGUGGCUGCGUGAUGUGGAGAAAUUGGCGGUUGAGAAGGGCAUCUUUACGCGAGUUGCUGGGUCGAUCUGA